AUGGUCCAGGAGAUCACUUCGUUUGUCGGCAUGGAGGACGUCACCACCGACUUGAUCCUUCAAGUCCUCAAGGCAACCAUCAAGACUGAUGAUGAGUAUGAUGCUAAAAAGGCGCAGGAAUGGGCAGAUCAGAUAGGGCUCAAAAUAGUGUCCAAGCUGAAAGAAGCGAGCGACAACUUCAAGUACGUAGUGUCUGUUACAAUUCAAGAGAAAGGUGCGGGGUAG